GGGAGAAGGAGAGGAGAGUGUGAGGGGACAGAGGGAAUAGUUUCCAUCAGCCACGGAGCUCAGCACAGGGCCACCUCCACUCCAGAACGAACCACGCCCCGGGGGACAGGGGAGACUGUGAGACCCCCCCUGCCCCUCCCCAAGAGUCCAAACUCCUGUUAUGGAAGGGGGAAUGGGCCGUCAAGAGGAGUUUUAGUUAGGUUACAGACUGACGAGAUGAAGUUUGGGAAGAGUAUCUGCGUGCUCAACGUAGGGGGAACCCGGUACGCCUUCACCCGUGAGGUGAUCAGGGAUUUCCCUCUCCGGCGCGUCAGUCGUCUGCAUGCCUGCGCAACCGAGAAAGAGGUCCUUGAACUGUGUGACGACUACGACCGGGACCGGAAUGAGUUUUUCUUCGACCGCCACGCUCAGGCUUUCGUGUUCAUCAUGCUGUACGUGCGCUCCGGUAAACUCCGCUUUGUACCCGGGGUGUGUGAGCUCUCCUUCUACACAGAGAUGCUCUACUGGGGGCUGGAGAGCGCGCACUUGGACUCCUGCUGCCAGAAACGCCUGGAUGACAGGAUGUCCGAGAUCGGACUGGACACUCUGUCCGAGGGGGACAUCAGAGUUUCGGGGGAUGACUCCCAGAGCCCGGGCGAGUCGGUGCAACGGGUUGCUCUCACUGGCCGCGCUAGAUGGCUUGAGAAGAUGCGCAAGACAUUCGAAGAGCCCAACUCUUCGCUUGCGGCGCAGCUUUUGGCUUCAGUGUCCGUGAUCUUUGUGAUCGUUUCUAUGAUAAUGCUGUGUGCUAGCACCCUGCCGGACUGGGAUACAGCCAAGAGAAAUACUGUGGAGGAGCACAGGAUAGUGGAGGCAGUGUGUAUUGGCUGGUUUACAGCAGAGUGCAUAGUGCGCUUUCUGGUAGCCAGAGACAAGUGGGACUUCCUUCGCCGGCCGCUGAACAUCAUCGAUGUGAUUGCCAUCACCCCCUACUAUGUCACCAUGGCGAUGGCCCGGGCAGGGAUGCCGGGUGCCGGGCUCGGGGUUGCUGGAGUGAUACUGCGGGUGCUGAGGAUGAUGCGAGUGUUCUGGCUCAUGAAGCUGGCCAGACACUUCCUGGGCCUGCAGACACUGGGGCUGACGCUCAGGCGCUGCUACCGAGAGAUGGUCAUGCUGUUGGUGUUUGUCUGUGUCGCUAUGGCAAUAUACAGCGCUCUGGCCCAGCUACUGGAGCAUGGCUUGGACUUGGGCACGCAGAACCACGAUUACGCCAGCAUCCCAGCCGCCGCCUGGUGGGUCAUCAUCUCCAUGACGACAGUGGGGUACGGGGAUGUGUACCCUGUGACAGUUGGAGGACGGGUGCUUGGGGGAAUGUGUGUAGUGAGUGGCAUUGUGCUCCUGGCACUGCCCAUCACAUUCAUCUACCACAGUUUUGUACAGUGCUACCACGAACUCAAACUCCGCUCUGCCAGAUAUGCACGCAGCUUGUCAGCAGAGAUACUGCAAUAAACAUUUAUACCAAUAAUCUAUGGCCCUGCCUACAUCAGAAAGAAACUCAACAAACCAGUGAACCUGCUGAUCCCCUUGUGAAAUAAUCAUCAACUCUGUGCCCUGCCCUGUUUCCUGCCUGAGCCACACCUGAUUUUAUUUGGCUAGUUCCUGCUUGUUGGGUUGAUGAUCUCUACUCAUCGUCUACAACCAGCAUGCUCUGCACCUGUCUCCUUAACAACACCAUUUGAACAGAAGAAUAGGAAAUACACAAAUAAUUAUUUAUUAAACACACACAGGCACAGUCAAUCCAGUUCUGACAGUGGCUGCUGUUUACACUGUAUUCCCAUGGUUACGUCAUUGGCAGAGAAGGCUGCUUUAGAGUGCUGUGUAUGUGUUUGUUUGUCUGGCCAUCAGCCUUUCACUUUGUCUAAGCUUUGCACCCAGAUGGUACAAGUUACACAAGAUUGAUGUGUGACCUAGAUGCAUUCUGUUGAACCUGGGAAAUAUCGCAAAGGAGUGAACAAGAGAGUGCAAAGUGGGGUUGGAGAAGGGGUCUGCAGAGGGCUUAGUGUGUAUAGUGGCCUGAGCCAGGGAUAAUGAAAUAUGGAGACAGGUCAGCAAGGAGUACAAGGUGGCAGACAAAUACAGGGGUGACAGAUAUGACAGGGCAGAUGGAUGUGAAAUGGAGGAUAAAAGAUUAUGAGACAAAAAUGACAGAAAUGACAGAAUGUGGAGCAAGCCUGAGCACAAAGCAUGAAUAGCUGGAGUGUGUAGCGCUUCUCCAUUGUGAGUGAAUGUAAGGCAUUUUGUAUUUCUGUGUCUCCAAGGCAACCUCAUCCUCCAGCAUGUCAAUCAUAAUGGUGGUUGAUUUGUGUGCACACAAAUAGCCCACAUCCAUGCACCCCUCUUGGCUGGCGUGCAGCAUUUUAGUCCUGCGAUUAUUGGGAAUAGCACAUCAAAAAGAAAGAAAAAAGAAAAAGCAAGAGUGAAAAAAAUGAACAGUAGAGGCUGUCACAGAUGAUGAUUCUGACAUUCGUGAUUCAGACAUGUUUGCACUGUCCAUGGUUUGCCAAGAUGAUAUGAUUUGUUGAAGAGACACAUGAUCCAAACAAACAAGUCAACACCUCUCCCACACAACAGUCUUUCUCUGCAUCUCCUCUCCUCUUCCUCCUGUUGCCAUCAACCAUCCUCUUUUUACACAUGCACACACACACACACACACCCACGAAAUCCUACUCUUCUGUUGCAGAGGAAAUUAAACAAUUAAUGAGUCCGGGUCUAUUCAUUAUCUGUCUGUUCUUAAAUUUACAGUCUGCAUUUGUUAUUUAAUCAAAAACUUUGCAACCUUGUUUGACUUUAGAAUGUAUUGUACAUCUCUCAAUAUCCUUGUUGUGUUAUGAAUGUGCUUUUAAGUAGUAUUACAGUCACAAAAAUGAAAUAUGAUCAAUAUUUUAUUAUCAGGUUUGCAAGACGCAAGACAUAAUUUUCAACUCAUGUGCUGUAGCUUAUAGCCCAGUGAAUUUUGGCCAGGCCUGAUUGAAACCAUCAAUCAAAACUUCUUCAUCCGUAGACUAUGGACUUGUAAUUAAUGUGAUUAAUGUACGAAGUUUUAUAA